UUUCGAGUAGCUGGCAAACACUUGCUCUAUGCGUAGCGCGCAUGUUGGUAGAUGGGACAGACGGAGAAAAGGAGAGGAUGAGCGUGCUACACGCAGUCAGGAUUUUCAUUAGAAUAAAGCAGAAUGGCUAGUGUUUUUCUGAUUUACUGAACCGUUUACCUUCGUAUUUGUUCUUCUUGCUUGCUCCCCAAAAUGACCACCCGUGGACCUAGCAUCGUGUUUGAGUGGCUGAAGAACCUCCAGCUCUCUCAGUAUGUGGAGUCCUUCGUGGAUAACGGCUAUGAUGAUCUGGAAGUUUGCAAACAAAUUGGGGACCCCGACCUGGAUGCUAUCGGUGUCUACAUACCGCACCACCGGCGAAGGAUCAACAACGCGGUGCAAAGGCUGAAAGAUGAGGAUGAGGAAGCCGCCGGGCUUUACUUCACACUUGAGCCAAUGCCCACCACCCCCCCCAACAGCCACCUGUUGGAACAUUACGAGUCCAAACUCUGGGGGUCAAAGUCUUGGACCGAACCGGACAGUGACUGGGUCGGGAGGAAUGGGGGUACAUAUCUGUGCGCGCAAAGGAACCUGAUGCUUGGCAACCGAAGGGAGUUGGUGAUUUACCCCAAAAUGAAGCUGAAGAUCAUGAUUAGGGAUAAAGUCAUCAGAGAUGGCAUCAACAUCGCCAGGCCACCAUACUCAAACAAGUGUGUUCUCAGGUGA